AAGCAAAACGAAAAAGCCUUGAAAAUCAACAAAUAAUUGAGAAAAAAAGAGCCUAAACCGACAUGAACAUGAAGAAAUGAGAUUGCUCGGAGUUCCGCCAGUCUCUGCAGUUGUCGUUGUAUUAGUACUAGUGCUUUCUAUCGUACUUGCUCUUCGAUACCGGGAGCCUACGGACUCUGUGAAAAUGGCUACACUAGGAGGCGUUCACGAAUCCCAAGAAGAAGCAUCUGCUCUAAACAGCGCCGAGGUCGAUGGCCUCGCUCGUUUCGCCGUCGAUGAACACAACAAGAAAGAGAAUGCGGUGCUGGAGUUUGCGAGGGUUGUGAAGGCCCAAGAACAGGUGGUGGCUGGUACAUUGCAUCAUCUCACUCUGGAGGCUAUCGAUGCGGGUAAGAAGAAGAUAUAUGUAGCCAAGGUUUGGGUGAAGCCGUGGAUGAACUUCAAGGAAUUGCAGGAGUUCAAGCAUGCCGAUGCUGGCGACUCAUCUUCGCCAUUCACCACUUCAGAUCUUGGUGGUAAAAAAGGUGGGCAUGGGCCAGGAUGGCAAGCCGUGCCACCACUUGAUCCCCAAGUUCAGGACGCAGCAAACCAUGCUGUCAAGACCAUCCAGCAGAGGUCUAACUCAUUGCUUCCUUAUGAACUUCAAGAGGUCAUUCAUGCAAAGGCAGAGGUGAUAGAAGAUUUUGCAAAAUUUGACCUGCUUCUAAACCUCAAGAGGGGAAACAAAGAAGAGAAGUUUAAAGUGGAGGUACAUAAGAACAAUGAAGGUGGCUUCCAUUUGAAUCAGAUGGAGCCACACGAGAGCUGACCUCAUUUACCAUCUGUAACCUCGUACAAAAUUAUGUCUGGGUGUUUAUAGGUUCUUUGGCCACGUGAAUUUCUGCCUGUGUUAUUUUGAAGUGUAUUGGCUUUCCAGCCCACAAAAUCAGAGGGAAAAAGCGUGUAUGAACUCUAGAAUAUCUAUAUGACUUUAUGUAUGGCGAUGUUAUGGUUUUUUAUAAUCUCGUAUGUUUUCAUUUA